AAAGAUCCAAAACCCAAAAACAUAUUGUUUAUUAGCGUUCACACUGCAACGAAAAAAUAAAAAAGACCCGAAGUUCUCCCUUGCCAUGCAUCAAAGCUAGGCCAGAAAGAAAGAAAGAAAGAAAAUCAAUGGCAGCUUUCGUGAUAAAAUCCCUAGUAAGCCAAAUCACCGCUAAACACUCACCGUCUGAUCAUACGUCAUCAAGAAUCGAAAUCAAAUCAGCACUGAUUUCUGUGAAACGGCGCUGCGGUAGCAAAAUUCCAGUCUUGGCGGCUUCAAUUCACAGUGAAAACGACCAAUCAAUCGAGGCGCAGAAGAAGAAGAACGGUAAUGCUAAAAACAUUCAAUCUAAUCUCUUGCAGGAUGCUGAAUACGAUGUCGCCUCGAAAGACGCCCAUCCAAGGCCAUUAUCAUCUUCUCAUUUAUCAAAUUCAGUAUCCAAUGGGUCUCGCCUUCGCGUUGCUUACCAGGGAGUUCGUGGCGCCUACAGUGAGUCAGCAGCACAAAAGGCGUAUCCGAAUUGCGAGGCUGUCCCAUGCGAGCAAUUUGAUACUGCUUUUGAAUCAGUUGAAAGAUGGCUUGUGGACAGAGCAGUUUUACCGAUUGAGAAUUCGCUAGGUGGGAGCAUUCACAGAAAUUAUGACCUGUUGCUCCGGCACAGGCUGCAUAUAGUAGGAGAAGUGAAGUAUGCUGUUCGCCAUUGCUUACUAGCCAAUCAUGGUGUUAAAGUUGAAGACUUGAAGAGGGUUCUAAGUCAUCCGCAGGCUCUUGCUCAAUGUGAAAAUACAUUAACAAAGUUGGGAUUGGUCAGAGAAGCAGUGGAUGAUACCGCUGGUGCAGCAAAGCAUGUUGCACUUCAAAAACUAGAAGACACGGGAGCUGUUGCUAGUUCUGCUGCUGCGUCGAUCUAUGGAUUGAAUAUAUUAGCUGAAGAUAUUCAGGAUGAUUCUGAUAAUGUCACACGAUUCCUUAUACUGGCAAGAGAACCAAUAAUUCCAGGCACAGAUAGGCCUUUCAAGACAAGUAUAGUUUUUUCAUUGGAGGAGGGUCCUGGGGUGCUUUUCAAGGCCCUUGCUGUUUUUGCUCUUCGGCAAAUCAACCUUACUAAAAUUGAGAGUCGUCCCUUGCGGAAGCAGCCCUUGAGAGCAUCUGAUGAUGGCAACAGUGGGCUUCCAAAAUACUUUGACUAUCUAUUUUAUGUGGAUUUCGAAGCAUCAAUGGCUGACGAGAAUGCUCAGAAUGCCCUCAGGCAUCUUAAGGAGUUUGCUACGUUCUUGCGAGUUCUGGGGAGUUAUCCGGUGCACACUAGCAUGGUGUGAAUGACCUUUUGUUCUGGGAUGUGCAAGAAACACUACUGUGAUAAGAACGGAAGCUUGGGCCAUUUUCCCUAUUCUGGAUAUGGCCUGACAUUUAUGCAUGCAGUGUGCUGAUGCUAUUAUAGUGCCUGGCCAAUAUCCAAUUUCAUUGAAUUUUUUGUUGCAUUUUCUAUAUAUUCACGUAACUAUUAGGAACUAGUUUAGGCAUUCUUUCAUAGCAAGUUUUUCUUUGGUCACACAUGUACAACACAAUUUGUGAAACAUGGAACUCGUGAGCUGGGGUGACAGCAAUGGUUUUUACCUAUACAUGUUACAAGCCUUUCGUGAAA